AUGUUCACCCGCGGUUAGAAUUUAGCUUAGCAGGUUAAGCUAUAUAUGUCAUCGAAUUUAGAAUCUUAUGAGAAAUGGGAAUAAGAACAAGAAAUGAAAAUGGUUAUCCAACAAAUAAAUGCUAUUAAAUGGGCUCUAAGCUUCUCCAUCAUCCAUGACCAAACCAUUUCAAGAUAAAGAGUACUAUUUUUUACUCCUCCUUCGUGAAAGAAUUCUUUGUCGAUUGAAAUGUUGGCAGCUCUGUUCCACUGAAUUGAACUAUCUAUAGAUGAUAUAUUGCCAAAUUUAGAAUCUUUCGAGCUUCACUUUCAUCUCAAAUGGCGUCGAUAGUCGGUUGCCUUCCCAAUAUAUCUCUGACUUCCAUAACCCAGUUCCCUGAAAACCCAAAAUCUUUGAUUCUUCAGCAAUGCAAAACUCCAAAAGACCUCCAGCAAGUUCACGCUCACCUUCUCAAAACUCGCCGUCUCCUCGACCCCAUCAUUACAGAAGCCGUUCUCGAGUCCGCAGCUUUACUCCUUCCCGACACCAUAGAUUAUGCCCUUUCCAUUUUCAACCAUAUCGACAAACCCGAAUCGUCGGCUUACAAUGUUAUGAUCAGGGGCCUUGCUUUCAAGCGAUCGCCUGAUAAUGCCCUUCUCUUGUUCAAGAAAAUGCAUGAAAAGUCAGUUCAGCAUGACAAAUUCACUUUCUCCUCUGUCUUAAAGGCUUGCUCUAGAAUGAAAGCGCUGAGGGAAGGCGAACAGGUCCACGCGUUGAUUCUGAAAUCUGGGUUCAAAUCAAAUGAGUUUGUCGAGAAUACUUUGAUUCAGAUGUAUGCGAAUUGUGGACAAAUUGGGGUUGCACGUCAUGUGUUUGAUGGAAUGCCGGAAAGAAGCAUAGUUGCGUGGAAUUCGAUGUUGUCUGGUUAUACGAAAAAUGGGCUUUGGGAUGAGGUCGUGAAGCUUUUUCGAAAAAUUUUGGAACUGCGUAUUGAAUUUGAUGAUGUUACAAUGAUUAGUGUAUUGAUGGCUUGUGGAAGAUUAGCGAAUCUGGAAAUAGGGGAGUUGAUUGGUGAGUAUAUUGUGUCAAAAGGGCUAAGACGAAACAAUACUCUAACGACUUCGCUGAUUGAUAUGUAUGCCAAAUGUGGUCAAGUUGAUACCGCUAGAAAGUUGUUCGAUGAAAUGGAUAAAAGAGAUGUUGUUGCUUGGAGUGCAAUGAUCUCGGGGUAUGCUCAAGCUGAUCGAUGUAAAGAAGCUCUUAAUCUGUUCCAUGAGAUGCAGAAGGGAAAUGUAUAUCCAAACGAGGUAACAAUGGUCAGUGUUCUCUAUUCGUGCGCUAUGCUUGGAGCAUACGAAACAGGUAAGUGGGUUCAUUUCUACAUCAAAAAGAAGAAGAUGAAGCUCACGGUUACUCUUGGAACUCAGCUGAUAGAUUUUUAUGCUAAAUGUGGGUAUAUAGAUAGAUCAGUUGAAGUUUUCAAGGAAAUGUCUUUCAAGAAUGUGUUCACAUGGACAGCAUUAAUUCAAGGUCUUGCCAAUAAUGGAGAAGGGAAAAUGGCUCUGGAAUUCUUUUCCUCGAUGCUAGAGAAUGAUGUAAAGCCAAAUGAUGUAACUUUCAUUGGCGUUCUGUCUGCUUGUAGCCACGCUUGUCUGGUUGAUCAAGGUCGACAUCUUUUCAAUAGCAUGAGAAGAGAUUUUGAUAUUGAGCCAAGGAUUGAGCAUUAUGGUUGCAUGGUUGAUAUACUUGGACGUGCUGGGUUUCUUGAAGAAGCCUAUCAGUUCAUAGAUAACAUGCCCUUCCCUCCCAAUGCUGUUGUUUGGAGAACACUAUUGGCUUCAUGUAGAGCUCAUAAAAACAUUGAAAUGGCAGAAAAAUCAUUGGAACACAUAACUCGAUUGGAGCCUGCUCACAGUGGAGAUUACAUUCUUCUGUCAAAUACUUAUGCAUUGGUUGGUAGGGUUGAGGAUGCAAUCAGGGUAAGAUCUUUGAUAAAAGAGAAGGAGAUUAAGAAGAUUCCAGGUUGUAGUUUGAUUGAGCUCGAUGGUGUUGUACAUGAGUUUUUUUCAGAAGAUGGAGAACAUAAGCACUCCAAGGAAAUACAUGACGCGUUAGAUAAAAUGAUGAAGCAGAUCAAGAGGCUCGGAUAUGUGCCCAACACAGACGAUGCUAGACUGGAGGCUGAGGAAGAGAGCAAAGAAACUUCAGUGUCGCAUCAUAGUGAGAAGCUUGCUAUUGCUUAUGGUCUGAUCCGAACGUCUCCUCGAACCACUAUUAGAAUUUCAAAAAACCUUAGGAUGUGUAGGGACUGCCAUAAUGCAACGAAGUUUAUAUCACAAGUCUUUGAAAGAAUGAUUAUUGUUAGGGAUCGGAACCGUUUUCAUCAUUUUAAAGAUGGCCUUUGCUCCUGUAAUGACUAUUGGUGAGUCUUUUAUAGUUGAUGGAACAUCCAUUGUUAGAGAGAAGUAGAUGGAACAUCGUGUUGAUUGGUUACAAUGCCUAAAUAUAGGCAACUCAUUCAGUUA